AAUAGAACCUUAAUCCCAAUUUCCCACACUAUCUCAAUAAAUAUUAUGUUAAACAUGAUGAACAAUAAUAGGAAUAACAACCCUGCACCACUUUGCCCUCCAUUACAAGUCCAAUAUGAUUAUCAUCAUGGAUAUGAUUAUUCUUCCUUAUUGUUCUCCUCAUCAUACUCGUUGGCGGCACCAGGUAACAUUAGUGCCGCCACCGCAGCUCCUAACUCAGCAUCCUCUCCUCACUCUGGCACCGGAAAGUACCGAGGUACGCGGUGUCGGAGCGGAAAGUGGGUGUCAGAGAUAAGAGAGCCACGGAAGUCAAACCGCAUAUGGCUUGGGACAUACCCCACGCCGGAGAUGGCUGCCACCGCUUACGAUGUAGCGGCUCUUGCAUUAAGAGGUCCUAAUGCCUAUCUCAACUUUCCCAAUUUCAUGCUCGCUUACCCUAUUCCUGCCUCCUUGUCCGCCCCUGAUAUUCGCGCUGCCGCGGCCGCUGCGGCCGAGGCGAGGCUUGUUACAUCACCACCGCCACCUCCACUGCCAAUACCACCGGAAAACCCUUCAGAGAUUCUGGAGGAAUAUUUCGAUGAAGAGGAGGUAUGGAAUAUGCCGAGCUUGAUUGAAGACAUGGCCAGGGGAAUGCUUAUGAGUCCCCCAAGAAUGGUGGAGUCCUUCUCCUCUGAAGACUUUGCCGAGUGCUAUUCGGAUCUUUAUAGUACUCUUUGGAGUACUUGGUAAAUUAAAACCGGCUGAGGAUUAAAUAAAAUAACAAUAAUAAUAAUAAUGGUAUGAUCUCUCUCCAUAUGUGUGUUUGUUUCUGUGCUUCUAGCUAGGUCUUGCAACAAAUUAAAGCCUAGAUUAUUAUAUUUCAAAUUGUAAGGUCACUUUCAUGGUGCCCUCUCAAGUGAAAGAACCAAUUUAAAAAAAGCUAAGUUUUGGAGAUUUCAUAGUGCACCUUGGUUUGA